CGGCGAUCGUGCGGACCUCCACCGGUAUUAUAAUAUUGUAUCAUUUCACUGCUGCCGAUCGCGACGAUCAUCGCACGACUACGUCUAAGUCUUUCGUGUUAACAGUAAGUCAGAUAAAAAUUAACUGAAAUAAAAAUGAAAUCCAUCGCAGCCGUGAUCUGUACACUUCUUCUAGUCUCUACAAUAAUAUCAGCUGCUCCAUCUUACAUGGACUACGAGAAUGCCAAAGAUCUGUAUGAACUUUUGUUGCAAAGGGAUCUAAUAGAUUCCAUGGGAAACUCUUUGAUCGAUCCCAAUCAACAUCGCAUGGUUCGCAAAAACCAGAGAUCUCCAUCACUGAGGUUAAGGUUCGGACGCCGAAGUGAUCCUGCGCUUUAUCAGAAUGCCUUGAAUGCAGAAUACCACAACGAUUCCGAUGUGAAUUAAAUGAACUCUUCAUCAAAAGUUAUAUUAUAUUAUACUCUUCUUAUUUAAAACCAUUCGCUUCAUUGUAUAAUUCAUAAUUUGUUUAAAUUUCACAUCCACACCAGUGCUUUUUUAACCUAAUUGUACUUUAAGUAUACAUUUUAGUAUUCAAAACAAUUUUAGCAUAGUUAAUUGUAUUCCACUUUAGUUCUAAUGUAAAUUUUACAUUCCCGAUAAAAAAUGUAUUUGUUUACUCCGCAAAUCAACAUUACUCUUAAACAUAUGUCAAAAUAUUAAACAAUAGUUAUAAUAUAUUUUGUCAAUAC